GGACGGGGCGGGGCCAGAGCGGCGGCGAGCGAACCCCCCGUCGGUGUAAUUUUCCUGGAGAUGGACACGUCGGAGCCGGGCAGCGCUGCCGAGGAUGAGGAGGAGAAGGUUCCAGAGCUUCGUCCUCGCACCCGCUCGAACCCCGAGGGCGCCGAGGACCGGGCCCCGAGCGGCCAGGCCGGCGUGGGCAGCCGCAGCGAGGGCGAGGGCGAGGCGGCCAGCGCUGGCCACAGCCCCCAGGCUGGCUCCGGCCACCCGGGCAGCGCCUGGCACGGCCCCGGAGCCACCCCCGCCGAGGUGACGGUGAAAACACCCCGGGUGAACUGCCCCGAGAAAGUGAUCCUGUGCCUGGACCUGGCCGAGGAGAUGGCGGUGCCCAAACUGGAGUCCUUCAACGGGUCCCGCAGCAAUGCCCUGACAGUGGCACAGAAGAUGAUCGAGAUGUUCGUCAGGACCAAGCACAAGAUUGACAAAAGCCACGAGUUUGCCCUGGUGGUGGUGAACAACGACGCCACCUGGCUCUCUGGGUUCACCUCGGAUCCCCGCGAGGUUUGCAGCUGCCUCUACGACCUGGACACCGUCGUGUGCCAGUCCUUCAAUCUGGACGGACUCUUCAACCUCAUCCAGCAGAAGAUCGAGCUGCCGGUGACCGACAAUGUCCAGACCAUCCCUCCUCCGUACGUGGUCAGGACCAUCCUGGUGUUCGGGCGCCCGGGCUGCCAGCCCCAGUUCUGUGGGGGCGAGCAUGUCAAGAAGCUGCUGCAGUGCCCCUAUUUCUUCUUCGACGUUGUUUACAUCCACAACGGGCUGGAUGAGAAGGAGGAUGAGAGCAGCUGGAAGGACAUGUUCAGCUUUUUCGGCAGCCUGGACACCAAAGGCACCAGCUACAAGUACGAGGUGGCGCUGGCGGGGCCGGCGCUGGAGCUGCACAACUGCAUGGCCAAGCUGCUGGCGCAUCCCCUGCAGCGGCCCUGCCAGAGCCACGCGGCCUACGCGCUGCUGGACGGCGGCGACAGCCCCGACAGCGAGGCCACCGUCUGAGGGGACAGCCCCGACAGCGGGGCCACCGCCUGAGGGGACAGCCCCGAUGGCACCCGGGGGCUGGGGACACUGGGGUGCCGCAGCCCUGUGGUGUGGGUGCAGAAAGAAAAGAGUUUUGCUCA